GCGGGCGGCCGCGCAGUGGGGCCGGAUCGCGGCGGCUCCGGCGGAGCCCCGAGUUGGUGCUGCCCGCGGCGGGGCCGCCUUCGUCCCGCCGCUUCCGGGGCCCGGCGGCGCGAUGAAGAAGCCGGACGGGAAGGUGGUGCUGCUGGGGGACAUGAACGUGGGUAAGACUUCGCUGCUGCACCGCUAUAUGGAGCGGCGCUUCCAGGACACCGUCAGCACUGUCGGCGGCGCUUUCUACCUGAAGCAGUGGGGGCCGUACAACAUCUCCAUCUGGGACACGGCAGGCCGGGAACAGUUUCAUGGCUUGGGAUCGAUGUACUGCAGAGGAGCAGCCGCCGUCAUCCUGACAUAUGACGUGAACAGCCUGCAGAGCCUGGCGGAGCUGGAGGACAGGUUCCUGGCACUGACAGACAGCGCCAGUGCUGACUGCAUCUUUGCUAUCGUUGGGAAUAAAGUGGACCUCAGCGAUGACUGUGCUUCGCCACAUGAUGAAAACAGACCUGAGAAGGCUGUUGCUGGCUCCAGCUCAAAGGUGCAGAAGCAAGUCCGCCUGGAGGAUGCGAUUGCGCUCUAUAAGAAGAUAUUGAAAUACAAAAUGCUGGAUGAGAAGGAUGUUCCAGCAGCUGAGAAAAUGUGCUUCGAGACCAGUGCGAAAACAGGGUAUAAGGUGGACUACCUCUUUGAAACUGUGUUUGACAUGGUCGUACCAAUAAUCGUACGGCAGAAAGCUGAGGGGCCGUCGCAGACUGUAGACAUUACUGACUACAAACCGGCCAAAAGGACAAAAUCUGGGUGUUGUGCCUGAAAGUUAUGUGGCAAAAAAAAGGGGAAGGGACUGCCCACUGUGGCAAACAGAGGAGUGUUUGCAGCACACCAGAAAGGAAAAAGCAAAGAAUAAAUAGACUGUAAUGGCUUACAUGGAAGAAAAAAACCAACCAAAACCAACCCCUAAACAAAACAGAAAAAACACCAUGGAGUCUCCUGAGCAUUAAAUGUUUCUGAGAAACUCUGUGUAUGAGAAUGGGAGUGAAAUGAUGGAGGAUGUGCCGGUUUCCAAGGGCUCUGAAGGCAACUUGUGUUGGUACAUUUGAUAGUGACAAUCAUUUGAACAGUUUAGAAGAAGUCUUAUUUUUAAUGACUCGCCACUUCAUGUUACGUGUAAACGAUCUAUUUGUAUAAUCUAUGCAGCUUUCAAAUGGUUAUCAUCUUUUCCCUUGUGAUUCUGACUUUGGAAGAUAAAAUGCAUGGUACCUUUUUUAUUCUUAAAAAAAAAAAAAAAGAAAAUCCAGGUAUAAUUUAUGUAUGUAGCUAAUAAAGAAAUUACUGUCAGGUCCGGCAUUGUAAGAUUCUGAAGCUGUGCUAUUAAAAUCACUGUGAAUAUGUACUGUUAAUAUGGAGGCUUUGUUACUGUGAA